CUCAGCCACUAUAAAAUCAGUCAGUCGGGAGCUAACAUACGCCACGUGACUAGCUUUCCCUCCCUCUUUCAUUCAUUCUUCCUCUCUCUCUCUCUCUCUUGCGGGAGGAGGGUAGCUGGAUUGUAUUGUUGCAGGCUCGCAGCUUGUCUAUAUAAAGCCCCCACCUUCCCUUCCGUGUUUUCUGCGUUUUCUCCGCCCUCUUUUCUUUCUUUCUUUCUCGUAUCUAGCUUAGCUCGAACACGCACCUCUUCGAUCGAUUCAGGUCUCUUUGAGUGCCUUUGUGCAUCAUGGCCACGGGACAACUAUUCUCCCGAACUACACAAGCAUUAUUUUAUAACUAUAAGCAGCUACCCAUCCAACGGAUGCUUGAUUUUGACUUCCUUUGUGGAAGGGAAACACCGUCUGUUGCUGGGAUCAUUAACCCAGGUUCCGAGGGAUUUCAAAAACUCUUUUUUGGUCAAGAGGAGAUUGCCAUACCAGUCCAUACAACCAUUGAAGCUGCCUGUGCUGCGCACCCUACUGCUGAUGUUUUUAUCAACUUUGCGUCAUUUAGAAGUGCUGCUGCCUCUUCCAUGGCUGCUCUGAAACAGCCAACAAUUAGAGUUGUAGCCAUCAUAGCUGAAGGUGUUCCAGAGUCAGAUACGAAGCAACUGAUCGCUUAUGCACGGGCAAAUAAUAAGGUUGUUAUUGGCCCUGCAACUGUUGGAGGCAUUCAAGCUGGAGCUUUCAAGAUUGGUGACACUGCAGGAACUAUUGACAACAUAAUCCACUGCAAGCUUUACAGGCCUGGAUCUGUUGGAUUUGUGUCCAAAUCGGGUGGCAUGUCUAAUGAACUUUACAACACAGUUGCACGUGUAACUGAUGGAAUAUAUGAAGGUAUUGCAAUUGGUGGUGAUGUCUUCCCAGGGUCAACACUUUCUGAUCAUGUCUUGCGGUUCAACAACAUUCCACAAGUCAAAAUGAUGGUUGUGCUUGGGGAACUUGGUGGGCGAGAUGAGUACUCCCUAGUCGAAGCACUAAAACAAGGGAAGGUCAAUAAACCCGUAGUUGCAUGGGUUAGUGGAACUUGUGCACGACUCUUCAAGUCGGAAGUGCAAUUUGGUCAUGCUGGUGCUAAAAGUGGUGGCGAGAUGGAGUCUGCACAAGCAAAGAAUCAAGCAUUAAGGGAAGCAGGAGCUGUUGUUCCAACUUCAUAUGAAGCAUUUGAGUCUGCAAUUAAAGAGACUUUUGAGAAACUUGUUGAAGAGGGGAAGAUCGAACCAGUGAAAGAAGUUAAGCCUCCUCAGAUCCCUGAGGAUCUUAACACUGCAAUUAAGAGUGGAAAAGUCCGGGCUCCAACUCAUAUCAUUUCAACAAUCUCUGAUGAUAGAGGUGAAGAGCCACGUUAUGCUGGUGUCCCAAUGUCAUCCAUUGUUGAACAGGGUUAUGGUGUUGGAGAUGUUAUCUCUCUUUUGUGGUUCAAGCGCAGUCUUCCCCGUUAUUGUACACAGUUUAUUGAGAUUUGCAUAAUGUUAUGUGCCGACCAUGGUCCCUGUGUUUCUGGUGCUCACAAUACAAUAGUUACAGCAAGGGCUGGAAAGGACCUAGUUUCCAGCCUUGUUUCAGGGUUGCUUACAAUUGGUCCCCGGUUUGGUGGGGCUAUUGAUGAUGCUGCUAGAUACUUCAAGGAUGCCUAUGACAAGGGUCUUUCACCUUAUGAGUUUGUUGAAAGCAUGAAAAAGAAAGGUAUUCGUGUACCUGGAAUUGGACACAGGAUCAAGAGGGGAGACAACAGAGACAAGAGAGUGGAGCUCCUACAGAAGUUUGCUCGCACACAUUUUCCAUCUGUGAAGUACAUGGAAUAUGCAGUUCAAGUUGAAACCUACACCUUGUCAAAAGCAAACAAUCUGGUCCUCAAUGUAGAUGGUGCAAUAGGGUCUCUUUUCUUGGAUCUUCUUGCUGGCAGUGGAAUGUUCACCAAGCAAGAAAUUGAUGAGAUCGUUGAGAUUGGAUAUUUGAAUGGGCUCUUUGUGCUGGCACGCUCCAUUGGUUUGAUUGGUCAUACAUUUGACCAGAAGAGAUUGAAGCAGCCACUUUACCGUCACCCAUGGGAGGAUGUUCUCUACACAAAGUGACGAGUUCACAAAUAACAGGCAUAAUGCGGCAAGAUUUGAACAAAUGGUUUGCUUUUUGUCGAGUUUUUAUUCUGCAAUUUUUCUGGUUAGUGUUAAGCGGAAUUAUGUCUGUAGUUGUUAAUUGUAGGCUGUGUGGUGCCAUCAUUUAUAGUGUUAUUAGUGCAAAUGUAAGAGGAUCUUCCUCCAUAAUGUUCCAACAUAAAUACAUAAUUCUGUUUGCCGGCAAGAGCUCUGGUAUUCUCUCUC